CUUUUAUAAAACCUCUCAAGAAAAGUCUCUUUUAAACAAAUAACACUUGCAUCAAAUUAUAAAUCCUCUGUAAAUAACAAAAACCCUAGAGAAGAAACUAAAAACAUGGGUCUGAUUAGCAAAGAAGAAGUUAGCAAAGCGAGAAGAUAUUCAUCUUCUUUUUGGAGAGGAGUCAAGACUAUCUUCGUUCUCUUCACUAUGCUCCUCUCUUUCAUCCUCUUCUCUGCUCCUAUCUUCCUCGCCGUCGCAGACGCCAUCCUCCCCUCCGCCAUCCUCUCCUCCUCCUCCUCUCUCCUACGCCUUUCUCCGACGACUGUUUCUUCUCAUCUAAGCAACUACGACUUCAGAUACUCCCUUAUUGAUAUUCCUCUCAUCUCCAUCAUUAGAUCUGCCAUUAUACUAUGUGUUUACGGUCUUUGUGACGGACCAAAGUUAUCAAGAGGUCCAUAUCUGACAAUAACGAUGUUCUGCUCGAUAUCUUCAUUGAUCUACGUGUCUUGUAAGGCAGCGUUUGUGUUUGGUGAGCCAGUGAUCGGAGGAGGAAGUUUCAGAACAGAGGAAGUGGCUCUGUUUGUGUGUUCGUCGGUCUUAGCCAUCGGUCAUAUCGUUGUGGCGUAUAGAACAAGUUGUAGAGAGAGAAGAAAGCUACUAGUCUUCAAGAUCGACAUCGAAUCCGUUUCAGCUUGUAAGAAUGUGUUUCCUCGACACCAGAAGAUCCUCCUACAAGAGAGACUCAAAUAGCUAAUAGUAGAAGACAAACGACACUUGUACAUAUGCAUACUUACAGUACAGCUUUAUGUAUAUAAAUAUAUAAGUAUCAAAUGCAACAGCUUCUGGAUUUUGGUCUCUCCUUUCAAGUUUCAGAAAGGUCCAAAGGAUAAUCUGUAAAGGAGGGAAGAACAGAUAACGAAUGGGGCUUACUAUAACACACUAUGCUUUUCCGUGUGAGAAUACAAAAGACAACUCCAAUGAAUUGGCAGCGUUACUAUAUUAUAGAUUUUAAUUAGGUAGACACACACAAAAAAAACGAAUCAUUAUAGUUUUGAUUUACUCUUUACUUUAAUGAAUGAUCCACCGUAACACUUUUGUC